AUGCAUUUAUUGUUAAAAAAUUUCAUUUUUUUUUUCGUUGAAAACUAGAUAUAUAAAGCAAUGCAGAUAUUGGAAAGACAAAUAUUCAACAACUCGCUUGAAACUUAAUGCCAGAUACAACCUACACGACAAAAUGAAAUUCUUUAUUGUUUUCGCUUGUGCUUUAGCAGCAGCAGUGGCUAGCCAUUUACCAAAUCUGCCCGAAAACGAAAGAAUUAAAUUAGCUAAAGUACAUGCAGAUUGUCAAGCUGAUCCAAAAACCUAUGAAAAUGAAGAUAAAUUAAGAAACCUUCAAAAUAACAUUGAUGACCAUCAAGUAGGUGUCCAUAUGUUUUGCAUGGCUGUAAAAUCAGGCUUAUUGAAGAGCAACGGAGACUUUGAUAUUCCUGCUAUUACCAGCAAAGUUUCCCUGGUGAUUAAAGAUCAUUCCAAGGUUGAUGGACUCGUCCAAAAAUGUGCCAAAAAAUCAGACAACUCAGGAAAAACCGCCAACUUGUUGUUCCUAUGCUUCGUUCAGAACGAUAUUCAAUAUUACCAUAAUUUGUAAAUUUGAUAAUAUACUAAAUUGAACCUGUAACUAAAUUAUAUUAAAUAAAAAAAAUAUGCUAACGAUAA